AUUUCAUUUCAAUUGGCAAUACUUGAGUUAAAUUUAUAAUUUUGAAUGAGUUUAUGAAUUUUGUCGUAUAAUACAAGUGUUUCUAAAAUUGUAUGACAAGAAAAUGUCUUUUUACAGGAAAGUAGUUUUAGUCACUGGCUCGAGUUCGGGUAUCGGAGCCGUAAUAGCCAUUCAUUUUUCACAAUUGGGCGCUAAUGUUGUGGUCACGGGUCGGAACAUAUGUCGAAUACGACGAGUGGCCCAACAGUGCAGAUAUGUGGCCACCAGAUGUGCUGAGGUGAUUGAAGUGGUAGCAGAUCUUACCAAAGACUGUGAAUGUCGGCGUCUUAUUCGUCGGACAAUUGAAGAGUUUGGUCAAUUGGAUGUACUUAUAAACAAUGCCAAUGUUAGUGGUAUGAGUAAAGUAGAUGACCCUAAAUCGGCUUAUAUUUUCGACCACAUCAUGCAUGUCAACGUGCGGUCAACUUUUUUGCUUAGUCAGCUAUCAAUACCACACUUGGAGUUAACCAAUGGUUGUAUUGUUAACAUAUCGAGUCGUGCGGCCAGUAAUCCAGUUACUGACUAUUCAUUAUAUUGUAUGAGCAAAGCGUCGUUAGAUAUGAUGACCAAAUGUCUGGCACUCGACCUAAAACACAAAGGGAUUCGAGUAAAUGCUGUUAAUCCAUCAUUUUUGCGACCAAAAGUGUCGAGAAGUGUUUGUUGUGAAGAAGAUAAGUCAGAAGAUGAUAAACUACUUCACUAUCCAUUGAAACGUUUGGGUGAACCACAAGAGAUCGCCAGAACCGUCGAGUUCUUGGCCUCGGGUAGAGCCACCCACAUAACGGGGGUCACCACUGCUAUUGAUGGCGAUUCACUACUUUCACCGUUUGCUAUACAAUCCAACAAACAGUGAGCUGUUAUGUAAUGAUGUCUUUGCUGACGGAAUAUAUGUCACGCAA